GGUUGUGAGCCUGGGCAGAUUUUUAAGCAACCAAAACUGAGCCCUGGAAAGAAUUAUUCGCUAGGCCUUCUUCAAAGAUUGGAAGGCAAAAGACUGCGUUUCCUAGCACUGCCAGAGGCUUAGCUUGGCAAUAUUUCCAGGAAGAGCAUGGCCGAAAGCACAAUGGAGGCCAGAGGGGAGCGCUUUCUUAGACAAAGGCAAGUCCUGUUUCUGUUUGUUUUUCUGGGUGGGUCUCUGGCUGGGUCUGAGUCAAGACGCUACUCUGUGGUUGAGGAAACAGAGAGGGGCUUUUUAAUAGCCAACAUAGCAAAUGAUCUAGGGCUUGGGGAAGGGGAACUGGCUGUGAGGGGUGCACAAGUUGUGUCUAAAGGAAACAAACAGCAUUUUCAGCUUAACCAUCAAACUGGCGACUUGCACCUGCGUGAGAAAUUGGACCGGGAAGAGCUAUGCGGCCCCACGGAGCCAUGUAUACUACAUUUUCAGAUAUUACUGCAAAACCCUUUGCAGGUUAUUACAAAUGAGCUUCACGUCAUAGAUGUAAAUGACCAUUCUCCGGUAUUCUUUGAAAAUGAAAUGCAGCUGAAACUCUUGGAAAACACGCCACCAGGAACCAUGAUUCCUUUGGGAAAUGCUGAGGACUUGGAUGUGGGAAGAAACAGUCUCCAAAACUAUACGAUCACUCCUAAUUCCCAUUUCCACGUUCUCACACGCAGUCGUAGGGAUGGAAGAAAGUACCCACAACUAGUGCUGGACAAAUCUCUGGACCGUGAGGAGCAGCCAGAGUUCAUUUUGACUCUUACCGCGCUGGAUGGCGGCUCUCCACACCGGUCUGGGAUCGCCAAGAUCCACAUCCUGGUCUUAGACAUAAACGACAAUGCCCCAGAAUUUACACAGACACUCUACGAGGUUCAGAUUCUAGAGAACAGCCCCCUUAACUCUGUUGUUGUCACUGUCUCGGCUACUGAUUUAGAUACAGGAAAUUUUGGGACAGUAUCAUAUGCAUUUUUUCAUGCUUCUGAAGAAAUUCGUAAAACUUUUCAGCUAAAUCCAAUUACUGGUGAUAUCCAGCUAGUCAAAUAUUUGAAUUUUGAGGAGAUGAAUACUUAUGAACUGGACAUAGAAGCCAAAGAUGGUGGAGGCCUUUCAGGAAAAACAACAGUGAUAGUUCAGGUGGUUGAUGUGAACGACAACCCACCAGAACUGACAUUGUCCUCAAUUACCAGCCCUAUCCCUGAGAACUCUCCAGAGACUGUGGUGGCUGUUUUCAGUGUUUCUGAUCUAGACUCUGGAGAAAAUGGAAGAAUUAUGUGUUCCAUCGAGGACAGUCUCCCCUUCAUCCUUAAACCCUCUGUUGAGAAUUUUUACACCCUACUGACAAACACACCUCUGGACCGAGAGACCAAAUCCGAGUACAACAUCACCAUCACCGUCACCGACUUGGGGACCCCCAGGCUGAAAACGCAGCACAACAUAACCGUGACGGUCUCCGACGUCAACGACAACGCCCCCGCCUUCAGCCAAACCACCUACACCCUGCGCGUCCGCGAGAACAACAGCCCCGCCCUGCACAUCGGCAGCGUGAGCGCCACGGACAGGGACUCGGGCGCCAACGCGCAGGUCACCUACUCGCUGCUGCCGCCCGCGGACCCGCAGCUGCCCCUGGCCUCCCUGGUGUCCAUCAACGCGGACAACGGGCAGCUGUUCGCGCUCAGGUCCCUGGAUUACGAGGCGCUGCGGGCGUUCGAGUUCGGCGUGCGCGCGGCCGACCGCGGCUCGCCCGCGCUCAGCAGCCAGGCGCGGGUGCGCGUGCUGGUGCUGGACGACAACGACAACGCGCCCUUCGUGCUGUACCCGCCGCAGAACGGCUCUGCGCCCUGCACCGAGCUGGUGCCCAGGGCGGCCGAGGCGGGCUACCUGGUGACCAAGGUGGUGGCGGUGGACGGCGACUCGGGCCAGAACGCCUGGCUGUCGUACCAGCUGCUCAAGGCCACGGAGCCCGGGCUGUUCGGCGUGUGGGCGCACAACGGCGAGGUGCGCACGGCCCGGCUGCUGAGCGAGCGCGACGCCGUCAAGCACAGGCUGGUGGUGCUGGUCAGGGACAAUGGCGAGCCGCCGCGCUCGGCCAGCGUCACGCUGCACGUGCUGCUGGUGGACGGCUUCUCGCAGCCCUACCUGCCGCUCCCGGAGGUGGCGGCGGCCGAGGCGCGGGCCGACCCGCUCACCGUCUACUUGGUCGUCGCCUUGGCGUCCGUGUCGUCGCUCUUCCUGUUCUCGGUGCUGGUGUUCGUGGCGGUGCGGCUGUGCAGGCGGAGCCGGGCGGCGUCUGCGGGUCGCUGCUCGGGGCCCGAGGGCCACUUUCCGGGCCACCUGGUGGACGUCAGCGGCGCGGGGACGCUGUCCCAGAGCUACCAGUACGAGGUGUGUCUGACGGGAGACUCGGGGACCAAUGAGUUCAAGUUCCUCAAACCGAUUAUGACCAAUGGUCUGGUUCAAGACACUGAGUGAGACUAAAGCAAAGCUCCAAUUUUAAUGAUAGUUUAGGUCAAAAAGUAAUUGUUUGGCUAUGAUUGUUUUCUUUAAUAAUCAAGAAUCUUUAGUUGAUGUAAUAUUGUCUUUAAAUAUUGAUUUUACUUUGUGGGUUUUGUUAAUCCUCGUGUAUUCUCUUUUAUCUGCUUCCUGUUUUAGUAAUGCAGUCUGAAUCCCUCUUUUCUUUUUCUAAUAGGUGAGCAAAAAUAGAUUCAUUAUCUUUUAAUGGUGAUUUCAAACAAGUUUACUUUAAGGAACUAUCUCAAAUUCUCUAUCCAAAGCAAUGUAGAUAGAGUUCCAAAACAGUAAUCUUGUAAUUUACCGUGUUGAAUACAGUCAGAUAAUGUUCUUUAUAAUAUACUUAAAGCAGCUUUGUAGUUAAUGAAGUUUGUGGAUAGAUUAAAAUGUGUUUUCUCUAAGCUGUACCUUCUUCAAGGUACACCAUGUUUUUAGGGACAAUUCAUUUAGUUCAAUUUAUGUUUUGACAUUUGCAAUUAAUAUUUCAAUAUUUUUACAUUUACGUUGUCAUAAAUACACACAAAAUACAGGCUAUAAGGCAAAUUACUCUUGGAUUUGGCUAGAAUAUUCUCAUGAAGACUGAAGAAAAAAAAUAAACCUACAGCAUUUUGAAAAACAGAUUGUGCUUUUACAUUUUGCAUGAAAAUGUUGUUUAGUGGGGCAUCUGAUGCUAUGACAAUUUAGUGUGUAAAUUCUGAGAGAAGUUAUCAACCUAAGAGUCGUUUUUUAAUAAUUUCAAGAAAGCACAUACAUGUAUGAUCUCUAAAUGCUUUAUGUAAAAGUAGUGUCCCAUCCAAUCCUACUUUUAAAAUUAAUAUCUACUUGGCAUUUAGAUGGUGAUAUAUGAGGGAAAUCUAUAACAAAAAUUAUAAUAUAUACAUAUAUGUAUAUUAUAUAAUUUUAUUAUAUUUUAUAAAAUUAUAUAAUUUUAUUAUAUAUAUGUAUACAUACAUAUAUAUGUAAUUUUUGUUUUUUGUCUUGGUUCUCUUCUCCUGAUUUCAACCUGACAUGACCCAGGAUUAUAGAUGGUCCUUCUGAGGACUGUCCAUCCACACUAGCAUUCUACCACCUACAAUGUAAUUAAAAGAUAUACAAGAAUAGGUAGUUCUAAAGAAGACAGAGCAAGGGGCUCCUGGGUGGCUCCAGUUGGUUGAAUGACUGAUUUGACUCAGGUCAUGAAUCUCACAGUUUGUGAGUUUGAGCCUUGCACAGCCUUGGGCCUGUGCUGAUAGGUCAGAACCUCCAACCUGCUUCAGAUUCUGUGUCUCCCUCUCUCUCUGCCCCUCCCCCACUCAUUCAUUUUCUCUUUCUCUCUCUCAGAAGUGAAUAAACAUUGAAAAAUUUCUAAAAGAGCAGUAUCAUUGUGAAAGUCUAAAUUAGCUAUAACUAUGAAUAAAAUCUGGAAGCAACCAAAGUCACAUUUUAUGGCUAUUUUGAGUGAAAGAGAAAAACUUAUUUUUAAGUGAUAAAAUAUUUAGUCCCCAGUUAAAUAAGUUGAUUAGGAAAAAAAUUGGUUUUCUUCUUGAAGGCAUUUUCUCAUCCAGAAGGACAGAACUUUCCAAGAAUUGAAUACUUAUGACUAGAAGAGAGAAAACUGAAGUUUCUCAACAAAUUUGAAAAUCCCCAAAAGAGAAGAAGAAUUUAAGAUUGACAUGCCUUCAGUCAUAUUUUAAAGUGCAGCUAUAAAUGGUGUCAUUUUACAUAACUGAGAUCAAAUGCAUGAAUCCUUAAUAAUCAGGGGAAAGAGUAUUUCCUUUCAUUGAUGAAGCACUUUAUAGAGAUAUUUUAAUCUGGCUCUUCUGUUUAGAUCUUUUUUUUUUUCUUCUUUUCAUAAAUUGGCUGAAUUUUUAUUAAGAGAGGAAAAGAUCAAAGAAUUGUGACCAAGUCUUCUCUGUUUGGCUGACUUAGUCCUAGGUAGUAUCAGAGCUACUAUUCCAUUGUGGAAAGUAUAGAAAGCAGUUCUUUUUUUGGCCAAUAUGGUAUAUGAUCUGGGACUAAAGUUGGAGGAGCUAUAUGCUGAGCACUCAUUUAGACCCAGAAGACAGAAGAACAGACGCUGUUAGUAACUUGGUAGAUCCAUUGAAUUCACCUAUUGUUGAGUGAACAGAAUUUAGUAAAGCCAGAAAAGAUCUUCUAGACUAAAUUUGAAGAUUAGAAACAAUUACACCUUACUCUUGUUUCAAAGUUGAUUUUUAUUUCUAUGCUGUUGGAAAGUUUUUCCCUUUUAUUUAAAGACAAUUUCCAAAAACUUCUUUAUCCAGAUAUUAAGUACAGGACAGAGAAGGUACCAUAUGUAUAGUACUAUGUAUUGUGGCCACUUUUUGGAAUUCCCAUACUGAAAGUCUGGUACAAGGUAAAAGCGAUGACCUUCUAUGUUAAUGAUAAUUUUUAGUAGUCUUCUGUGAGGAAUAGUAAGUUCAUUACUGUGAAUUAUUUCCAAAUUGAUCUCUAAUAUUCUAAUUUUCAAAAAGUAAGAGAAAUUAAAAUGGCUCCUCUGCCCAAAUAUACUAAAUAACCUUACUAGACUUUAAGGAACUUGACAGUAGAAUCUGUUUCUGUUUUAUUCAGACUUGUAUCUCCAACACAUGGCAUUAUGCCUCACACAUAGUAGAUGCUUGAAUAACUUUUGCUGAAUGAGUAAUUUUUAAAAAAUAUUUGAGAAAUCAAUGAAUUUUUCAAGACCUCAUUUACUUGGUACUUAUCUGUACACUGAAUUUCAAAAGAACUAGCUACAUUCAGAAAGGGCUGGGGAUUGAUAAUGCCAAUUUCCAUAGAACCAAUAUAUUAUUUAGUUGUCUUCCUUCACUUGUGUGGGGAUUUCUGGAAACUCAGAGAAUUGUAAAACAAUGUACUGAUCUCCAGUUGGGUUCCAGAUGCACUUGCUCACAUCUUUGAUUUCAGCAAUAAAGAAGAAAUGAAAUAAAAGUAAUUUAUAAAAGCA